AUGGCACUUCCUCUACCGGUUAUCCGGGGUGGUGCGGGGACGGCUUCUCCUCCUGGGCCGGGGCACGGCUACGAGUCCCCGACCGAGGAGAACUAUCGCGAGUAUUUCGCAACAGCGCCAGGGACUAUGACGCCGGUCUCUCAAAUUCAUGUUCGUUCUCGGCCGGCACUUCUCACUCGACCGUCAUACGUGGCAGCCCUACCCCCCGAUCCCCACGUUCUCAGUGCAAGCCUAGCGGCUCUGGACGAUGUAGUUGCCACGGCCGAAAAGAUACCACCAAAUUCAAAGGUUUCCAUUAAAGAUCGAUUAAAAUGUUAUCAAUGGACUUAUUUCACAAUGACUAUGGCAACCGGAGGUGUUGCGAAUGUCAUAUAUGGCUUGGGGUACACCUCUGCCUGGGUGAAUGGCUUUGGACUGUUCUUCUAUCUGCUGAACAUUGUUUUAUUCUUGAACAACUGCGUCUGUAUAUGCGUUCGCUUUCACCUUAUGCGCAGCAGCUUUAUAAAAUCCUUUACUGAUCAAUUUGAAUGUUUGUUCAUCCCUGCAUUUUAUGGCGUUGAGCAUUCGGGCUUCUGGCUUUUUAAAACCUUGCAGGUUUUAUUUUGGAUUUACGUCGCGUCGAGUGUCCUUGCCAGCGCCGGGAUAGUAUUCCCAGUCCAUACGAUGACUCCUACGUGGGUCUUUCCGGCAUAUCCCCUUCUUGUGAUUGCACCGUUCGCGGCAAACCUGAUCGCCGCUGCGGAACGUUCUGGGAACUUAUGGGUGCUGAAUAAGCCUGCCGUUGCCAUGUGCGCCGUCACUCUACAGGGAACAGGGUGCUUAAUAGCGUUCAUGAUAUCUGCUGCCUUUAUUUACAGAUUAAUGACUCAGAAGCUGCCCCGAGACAUCCAGCGGCCAGGUGUUUUCAUAUCAAUUGGUCCAUAUGGCUUCACUGCCGCCGGGAUAGUGCAACUUGGACAGCAAGCCAACCUUAUCGUCCCCCCUAAUUUUUUAGGGUCUGAGAUGACCGUGGAUAUUUUCAAAGUCUUAUCUGUUUUGGUUGGCCUUUGGUUUUGGGGUCUCUGCAUAUGGUUCUUCCUUGUCUCACUUGGCUCCCUGUGGAAGUAUGUCCGUACGGGAAGCUCGAUUCCAUUCCAAAUGACUUGGUGGUCGUUUGUGUUUCCCAACACCGCACUUGUUACGGCAACUCAAACUAUGAGCAAGGUCUUCGAUAGCAAGGGUAUUCAUAUUUGCGCUUGUGUUUUGACUGUGGUCCUAGUUAUUGUAUGGGUUGGUGUGUUUAUCACAAUGCUUCACUGCUUGAGGACCAAGAAACUGCUUUACCCCAAGCAGUCCAAAUAG